AUGUACUCCGUUCCUGACGAGCAGGAAACCCCAGGCACCAUCAAUGUGACGCAGGAGCCGUUCCCCCCCACAGUUGCUUCGAUCAUCUCCUCAAACAACGAGGCAUCCAUUUUGCCCUCUCCCCCAACUUUCACCUUUUCAAAGCCGCGUCUGACUUCCGACGCCGUGCAUCGCCGAAUACUGCCCCACGGAUUCGCCCAUGAUGGCAUCGAUAUCAGGUUCGGCCAUCCCCUCCUUUCCGCACCCAUCGUUGUCAUGUAUGACGUCGAAGUCGAAGCCUCGUCGACUGGCGAAGAUUUCAAGCUGCAGCUUUUCAGCCUCACCAAUGUUGAACCGGAGAGACAGAAGAUUCUCAUCAAGGGCGGGCAGCUCAAGGAUGACGCCGACAUGAGCAAGCUCGGUCUCAAGGCCGGACAGUCCAUCAUGAUGAUUGGUACCGCUGGCGACUCUCAACUCGUCCGUCCCAAGGAACCGAUCAAGUUUGUCGAGGACAUGACCGAGGCAGAGCAAGCCCAGCAGGCCGGCGCCACCCCGGCCGGCCUCGUCAACCUGGGCAACACGUGCUACCUGAAUUCGACACUCCAAACGCUGCGCUCGAUUCCCGAGCUUCAGACGGCGCUGGCCAAGUAUGAUCCUGCGGCGGGCGGGAUGAACGUCACCUUGUCGCGCGCGGAUCUGUCGGCCCAGCUGGCCCGGCUCUACGUCGAGAUGGGACAGACGCAAGACGCGCUGCCGCCCGUGAACUUCCUCGACGUCCUUCGUCUCAACUUUCCCCAGUUUGCGGAAAGGGCCAAGUCGAACAACAUGUACGCCCAGCAGGAUGCCGAGGAAGCGUGGAGUCAGAUUGUGCAGACGCUGGGGGACAAGGUCACGGUCAAGGGCUCGACCGACGGCGCUCCGGCGGUCUCGUUCGUCGACAAGUACAUGUCCGGUGCGUUCUCGUCGAUGAUGGAAUGCGACGAAGCCGAGGCACGCAACGGCGGCGAAACGGCGAUUGCGUCGAGUGAUGGCUUCUCCAAGCUCAACUGCCACAUCGACAGCUCCACCAACCACCUGAGGGACGGCAUCCUCGCCGCAUUGAGCGAGAAGCUGGAGAAGAAGUCGGAGGUGCUCGGCCGCGACGCGAGCUACACGAAAACAUCCAAGAUCUCGCGCGUGCCCAAGUACCUGACGGUGCAUUUCGUACGCUUCUUCUGGAAGCGAGAGACGCAGAAAAAGGCCAAGAUCAUGCGAAAGGUCACGUUCCCGCAAGAGCUGGAUAUUGUCGAGUUUUGCUCGGAUGAGCUGAAGAAGCAGCUGGUGCCGGUGCGCGACAAGGUCCGUGAGAUCCGGAAGGACGAGGAGGACAUUGAGCGCGCGCGCAAGCGCCGGAAGAAGAACAACCACGAGGACCUCGAUGACGUCGCCGGCGGCUCCGGCCUGCCGUCGGAGAAGGAGAAGAAGGAGAAGGAGGAAAAGAUGGCGCAGAAGGCGCAGAACAGGGGCGAGACCAAGGCGGCGGCGGAUGGCGACGUCGUCAUGGAGGAGACGUUCAAGACGGAUGCCGAGAUUGACGCCGAGAAGGAUGCCGCUCUGCUCGCGGCCAAGAAGGAGCUCAACGCCAUCAUCGAUGCCGACCUUCGCAACGACGACGGCGCGAACCAGUCGGGCCUGUACGAGCUGCGCGGCGUCGUGACGCACCAGGGCGCCAGCGCCGACAGCGGUCACUACACGGCAUACAUCAAGAAGACGGCGCCCGUGGAUCCCGUGACGGGCCGGACGGGCGAGGAGGACGGCAAGUGGUGGUGGUUCAACGACGAAAAGGUGUCGGAGGUGACGGUCGACAAGGUGGAGGCGCUGGCGGGUGGUGGCGAGUCGCACUCGGCCUUGAUCCUGCUGUACCGGGCGAUUCCGCUGCCCAUGGCGGACGGGACGAUGAAGUAG